UUUAGCGUCUGUAUUUUCAGGUUCCACAGAGUGUGGGUUUGGUGUGUGUGAUGCAUGUGUGUGUUGGGCGUGUGUGAGAGUUUGUAGUGUGGUUGUAAACGUUCCCAGCUCGGAUACUGUCACAGCCUUGCACCGCAGGCAGGCGCCGUGUUCCUACAUGCAAGUUACCGUCGCGGCUCCACAAUCGUUGGCCAGCAAUGACCGAAAGCCCCAGCACCAAGCCAGCGAACGGGUGUCAGCGUGUGAAGAACGGACUGAAGCCGGAGAGAAACGGCUUGGCGAAGAGCCUCUACCGCUGCCAUGAGAGACAGUCCAAGCACCACGGCCACCCAGAGGAGGAGGUCCAUACAGCAGCGCAUCAUGACAGCCUGUACAAUCGGCCCUUCGUUCAGUCGUUCGAGCAGACGCCCAUGCUGCUGGCCGUCUUCACCUACAUGAGCUACGGGAUCCUGACCAUCUUCGGCUACCUGCGGGACUUUCUCCGUCACUGGAAGAUCGAAAGAUGCAACAUCGCCAGGGAGAAGGAGGAACAGAGGGACUUUGUGCCCCUCUACCAGGAUUUCGAGAACUUUUACACCAGGAACAUCUACAUCCGUAUCAGAGACAACUGGAACCGGCCCAUAUGCGGUGUGCCAGGGGCCAAAAUGGACCUGUUGGAACGAACGUCCCCUGACUACAACUGGACUUUUGAGCACUCAGGCCGGGUGUUGCAGGAUGUGAUUAACCUGGGCUCCUAUAAUUACCUGGGCUUCGCUGAGAACAAAGGUCCAUGUGCUGACGCUGCAGCCGAGAUCACUAGGAAGUACGGAGUCGGAGUCGCCAGUACCAGACAGGAGCUUGGUACCCUGGACAAACACGAUCAGUUGGAGAAGCUGGUGGCCAGGUUCCUGGGCGUGGAGUCGGCCAUGUCUUUUGGGAUGGGGUUCGCAACGAACUCCAUGAACAUUCCAGCACUGUCUGGCAAGGGCUGUCUGAUUCUGAGUGAUGAACUGAACCACGCCUCUCUGGUCCUGGGAGCCAGACUCUCCGGGUCCACCAUCAGAGUGUUCAAACACAACAACAUGCAGAGCCUUGAGAAACUGCUGAGGGAGGCCAUAAUUCAUGGGCAGCCCAGGACCCACAGACCAUGGAAGAAGAUUCUCAUUGUUGUGGAGGGCAUUUUCAGCAUGGAGGGCAGCAUUGUGCGCCUGCCAGAAGUGAUUGCUCUGAAGAAGCGCUACAAGGCCUACCUUUACCUAGACGAGGCCCACAGCAUCGGGGCCCUGGGGCCGAGAGGCAGAGGCGUGGUCGACUACUUUGGCCUGGACCCCUGUGAUGUGGAUGUCAUGAUGGGAACAUUCACCAAGAGCUUCGGUGCUGCAGGGGGAUACAUCGCGGGGAAAAGGGAGCUUAUUGAGUACCUGCGCUCCCAUUCCCACAGUGCGGUCUACGCCUCCUCCAUGUCUCCUCCUGUGGUGGAGCAAAUCAUCACUUCUAUGAAGUGCAUUAUGGGAGAGGAUGGCACAACGAUAGGCUGUGACCGUGUGGGACAGUUGGCAAAGAACGCGGUGUAUUUCCGCAGGAAGCUUCAAAAGAUGGGUUUCAUCAUCUACGGCAACGAGGACUCGCCUGUUGUACCCUUGAUGCUCUACAUGCCCGCCAAGAUAGCAGCGUUUGGCAGGGAGAUGUUGAAGAGGAACAUCGGGGUGGUGGGGGUGGGCUUCCCCGCUACGCCCAUCAUCGAGUCCCGGGCACGCUUCUGCAUCUCCGCCGCCCACACGAAAGAAGUGCUCGACAGGGCGCUGAGUGUCAUCAGCGAGGUGGGAGACCUUGUUCAUCUCAAGUAUUCCCGGCGAAAGAUACAGCCGUCUGUGGCGCGGUCCUUCGACGAUAAUUUGUUCGAGGACAUUGACGACUGAUUCCUCUCCUGAAGCGGCGUGAACCUAACAACCCCGGAACGGGUCGAGAUGGAUCACAAGUCUCCCCACGAGGACCGAAGUGUGCACAGGUGCCCCUUGUCACUAGCUUGCCAUAACGUAAAUCCUCCGCAUCAAAAGGAAAACACUUAAAACUAUUGUCUAAUUCUGCCUUAUGUAAACAUAAAGAACUGAAAAGCAGCGCUUCUGCUUUUUCCUGUGUAAUUUUUGUUACUUGUUUUUUAUUAUUUUGUCUCAAAGAAUUUUUAGUUAUAUGUAUAUCUGCUGUGCUUUCAACGUUGGUUAGGGUUAGGGUUGGCCAUAUGGUUGCGUAUGUGAUGCGGACAGAUGCCAAUUUUGAAAUGGGGAAAUGCCAACUUUCCAUAAAGAUGUAUCUAUCUUUAACUUUUAUGGGUAAAAAAUCUUACGCUUUUAUCAAGUAGUGGGUAGAUCAGUGGUUAUUAGCACUGGCUGGAAUCAGAACCCACUGGAUGUUUGUUCAGGACCAUGUCAGUGACCACAUUUCCUGACUUUUAUCCUCUUUUUCAAUCUAAAAUAUCAUACAAGGUGGCUCCAUUUUUAGGAUAUGUUAACAUUAUACCCAACAACCUUCUGGCAUUAUUUUCAGACUUUUUUGUUUAUGGUCACUCUACGUAGGUAGAACUUAGGGGACUAGUCUGAGAAGCACUAAUGAUACUUGUUUGCUCUUCAACCCGAGUACACAUUUUUAAACCUAUCGACAGUCCAAUUGGAUAACAUUUCUGGUCAUGCUUUUUCUCGACAGGAUAAAGUACUAACGCUCAAAGUUGUGGUGUGUAGUUGCCAAAUAUCAGCAGAUGUUGACAAGCAGAUAACUUCCCUGAUAAAUGCAAUGCAUUUGACAUUUUGGGAAAUUGUGCUUUUUAAUGAUCUUUAAUUCUAGAGUUGAAUUGCAAGAUCCAUGCCACACUUAGGCAAUAUAAGGCUUUGCUAAUUAAAACCCCCACAGAAACAGUCCCUGCCUGUAACUCCUCAUGUUACCUUAAAAAGACCUUUCUACAUUUUGUGUUUUUUCUACUAAUUAAACAAACCCCUUUUUUUUUCUAGCUAAGCUAAUGACCUGCUAGCUCUAGCUUCAUAUACAUCACACCUUGUAUGGUGGCAUCUCAUCGAAAUUUCCAACAAAGCAAAGCAUGUUCCCCCAAAAAACGUUAGCAAUUAGCAUCCAUAAACUACUGCUUGACUCGAUAUGCCUCAGCUGAACCAAGUCUGAUUCAGUGCAACAAUGCCAAAAUGGAAAUGCAGCCAAGUAGUAGUGAGCCUGUAAUUAGCCAUAUUAUCUUAAUGUAACAUAAAGUUUGGAAAACCCUAAGCUUCAUAACUCCAAAAACCUGAGUGGUACACAUUCUUUAGUCCAAUGUACUUGGCAUUAGCAAAAUCAGUAUUCACUUCAAAUGCAAGUGAAGCUCAGCUUAUCCAUCAAACAUUUUGGUGUUGGUAUUUUAAUUAUCUAUCUUGUUUAUUUUAUUACUAAGUGACAACUUAUACUAAUGAUAGUAUUUCACACUUUUCAGUGACGACAUUAAAAUAACUAAUAUCCUACUACUUCAAGAAUAGUGGAUAUCAUUUCAAAAGUCCACAUUUCUUUUGCUCAGCUGUCACUAGUUAAACUAUAAAUGGCUCCAUUUGAAAUAAAAUACCAGUUUUCAUAAAUGCUUGAUUUGCAAUAGAGAUACUAAAUCAUUGCUACAAAAAAAUGGAAUGCGAAUAAAUAUCCUUUAAAACUUUAAAGACCAUUAAAAAUCUGAUUUGCCUGUUACACAUGGAUUUGGCCUUCCUUUUUUUAAUAGACCAAUGUCCAAUAUAUAUUUGGUCCAGUUGGCUUUCAGAUAUCUAAUUUCAAUCUUAAGACAUGAGAACAGCUGAAGGGUUAGUCUGGAUUUGAUCCAGUUCUGGUUGAAUUAAAGAUAUUUUAAAUUCCACCCUAUCACCUGGGUAUUUAUCAAUGCUUUUUGUAUGAUAACAUUGUCUUAAGUUAGAGAAAAAGCUUUGUUUGUGCCGUGACUCCAGUGUCAUUAACAGUUCCAAUCAGUGUUUAACUAAGGAUGUGUGUGAUUGCUUGCAUGGUUUCCCGUUAUUUAUGUGCUGCACUUUUACCUUGCUUCUUUUUUUUCACUCAUGUCUUUUGAACUCUGGGUUAAUCUUAGCAUUUUUGCUACCGACCUUUGGAACAACACUCCUUAAAAAACAACACAUGCAUACAUUCACACUUGCAUAUAUGCAUACUAAUAAGCAUUGUGUGACCACUUAUUCCUCAUAAUUACACAUGUACAGUAAUAAUCAGUCAUUGAAGCUGCUCUGCACCAUAGCCAGUGCUCAACGAUAUACAGUACAGGAUUCUCAUGAAUGUUGUCUUAAAAUCCACAUAUUUCUAGAGAAAAUGAAUAUAUCUUCCAUGCUCAAGGAAGGUUUUCUUUGCCUUCUUCCAUAUCAGUGUUCAUCUUAAUAUUUUAAUUUUUCUUACUAUAGAAAAUAACUAAAUUACAAGUGAUUGUCCAUAAUGUUACACAUGUAUGUUGUUGCUGAUUUGUAUUUUUUUGUUGAAUUUUUGAAUGUUUGCACACAGGAAAGCCAUGAAAUUAUACUAAAAGCAGGCAUUUAGAUAAUAUUUUGAUAUGAAAACUAAAUAAUGUAAAGCCCCAAGACCUUAUGACCUGAUGUCUUAAUAAUGCUUUUCGUAAAGGGACAGUGCAGACCUUUUGAAAUGGGGUUGUUUGAGGAACUUACCUGAAGUAUGUUGUGGUGAGAUUUCUUUAGGAUGCUUACAAAAAUGUCCAUCCACAGCAGCACGUUGCUAGCUUGUGUGCUUGUCUGUUUCUCUUGGGUCAUGCCAGUCUUCAUCUACUGAAGGUAAUAGAGUGGUGCAGGAAUAAGUCCUACAACCAUAAAGUGAGUUAGCGUUUGGCAACUUCUGUCUCCCUUGGCUCGUAGUACUAGUACUAGUUAGUUUUGUUCUACAACAUAAAAUAAUACCAAACUGGUGAAUGUCUGAAGCUUAUAACUCAUAACAGCGCUUGCUAACAGGUGGCUAAAUGAGACUAUUAACGUCAUCAUGUCGAACAUUAGCCGCCUUUAGCUUAGUGGUGGUGACGCGCAGACUUGUGACGGUGAUAUUUAUAACCUAAAUUUAGCUUUUUACUGCUAGCCAUUGCAUUUACACUUUAAAAAAUCAUAAAAGGGGUUAAAAUGUGGAGAUUAUUACAAAAUAUGUAAGAAUAAUAAAUGUUAAUUUUUGUCUAUUUACUGCAAAGUUCCAAAAUCCAAUGGCAAGAUGCCAUUGGAUUUUGUCGAAGGAGCCCUUGUGACGCUUACUUCUUGGUUGGCCUACAAAGACACCUCAUCAAUGCAUCAUUCUAUACACUGAUUAUGGAUAAGUAGCGCACACAACCCCACUUCAAAUCAUCCAAUGUCUCCUUUUAAUAACCAAUAGAGUACCUGUUCUGAACGAUUGGUACUUGAUUAAAAAAGAAUCUGAUGAAAAACAUUCUUUGCCCUUUCCGAAUAAUACAGUAUGUUCCCUCACUGAACCAUUUAACGGUUUUGGUCUUAAAAAAAGAUGAAUAUUCCAAGGAAAACUUUUCUGCUUUGAUGUAAAAUGGAGAUAAUCCCGGUAUUUUGUACAAAGUUUAUAUCAUUUCAUUGCAAAGGAGCUAAUCAGAAUACUUUGUUUACUAAAGAGUAACCUGGAAAUGAUGGUAUCACUAUUACUGGCAGCUUGUGUUUAGUGUGCCAAUAAUAGAGGCAGGUUACCCCACAUCAGAGAUAAUUAUUUUCUGAUAUAGUGCCUUUUGAAGCAUUUUCUAACAAUUCUGAUUAUAUUAAGUGUCAUAACGUUGAUUGCUCGACUUUUACAGUCUUAUUUGAUUUAUUUUUACUACUUUGUCUUCAACAGUAUUUAUAACUAGCACUGGGCGUGUUCUGUGUCGACUUAUUGCAAUGCAUUUGAUUAUAGAAAAUGCACUAUUUGCCACAUUUCAGCAAAUUAUUAACGUGUAAAGUUUCACCCAUGUUCAUGAUAUCAAUUGAUCAUUAAUAAACAAUAAAAAAAAAAGCUGUUUGGAA